CACCAAAAAUAUUCACCACUACACCUACUUCAAGACUUCAAGAUGUUGAACUGUGGACCUUUUACAUAAUUACUAGCCUAUAUUCUGUGAAUUAAUCUGUUGAUAGUUCAUACAAUGUAAAUUUUGGUAUCAAAGUCCGAUUUCAGAAGUUCACCGUUUUUGGAAUCUAGCAGUAAUUGAAUAGCUAAUUGAAUAUGUCGUCGGUGAAAGUAGCUGUGCGGGUUCGUCCCUUCAACAACAGGGAGAUAUGCCGCGAGAGCAAGUGUAUCAUCGAGAUGUCUGGAUACACAACUUGUAAGUAUUUCAAAUUUGUUGCAAGUUUUUCAUAUUAUUUGUACAUUGUUCUAUCCAUCAAUCAGUUCAGUCAAUUCUUAAAUAAAGGGGGGGUGAUGCUUGGAAGACUAGAAAGGUGGGUGAACGUAAAUAGAGUGUUAUGUGAGUAUCAGGCAGGCUUUCGAAAGGGAUAUUCGACUGCUGACAAUAUUUUCAACCUUUAUUUUUCAAUUAAUAAAUUUCAAUUUUCAGGCUACAACGUGUGUAUUUUCGCGUAUGGCCAGACGGGCGCAGGCAAAUCGUAUACAAUGAUGGGUCGACAGGAGGAGAAAGGCCAGGAAGGCAUCAUCCCGCAAAUAUGUCGCGAUCUCUUCGAUAGGAUACGAAACACCACCAAUGAAGAACUCAAGUAUUCAGUCGAGGUGAGCUACAUGGAGAUCUACUGUGAGCGAGUGAGAGAUCUACUGAAUCCGAAGAACAAGGGCAAUCUGCGAGUGAGAGAGCACCCACUGUUGGGGCCUUAUGUCGAGGAUUUGUCCAAGCUGGCAGUCACAUCCUAUCAUGACAUUCAUGAUCUAAUCGACGAGGGAAAUAAGGCCAGGACGGUAGCAGCGACAAACAUGAACGAGACGUCGAGCCGCUCGCACGCGGUGUUCACAAUCUUCUUCACGCAGAAGCGCUUCGACAAGCUGACCGAACUGUCAACGGAGAAGGUGAGCAAGAUAUCGCUGGUCGACCUGGCCGGCUCCGAGAGGGCGGACUCCACCGGCGCCAAGGGCACCCGGCUCAAGGAGGGCGCCAACAUCAACAAGAGUCUCACCACCCUCGGCAAGGUUAUCUCUGCAUUGGCCGAAAUUUCUGUAUCGACAUCAAAGAAAAAGAAGAAAGAGAACUUCAUCCCGUAUCGUGAUUCGGUUUUGACGUGGCUGUUGCGAGAGAACCUCGGUGGCAAUUCGAAAACCGCUAUGAUUGCCGCCAUUAGUCCGGCUGACAUCAACUAUGACGAAACUCUGUCAACCUUGAGAUAUGCCGACAGAGCAAAACAGAUUGUCUGCAAGGCUAUUGUCAAUGAGGACGCCAAUGCUAAGCUGAUCAGAGAGCUGAAGGAAGAAAUUCAAAGGCUGCGUGAUCUGUUGAAAUCCGAAGGAAUUGAAGUUCAAGAAGGGCCGGAAGGUAAACUAAUUUGCGAAAAGAGUAAAGAGACAGACAAUAGAGAUGACGGUGUAAAAGUGGUGAAAAAUGAGAACAAUGGAAUGUGCAAGCAAACCGCUGCUGAAGAAACUCUAGACGAACUGCAGGCCAGCGAGAAACUUAUUGCUGAGUUGAACGAAACAUGGGAGGACAAACUGAAGCGCACGGAACAGAUCAGGGUGCAGCGGGAGGCGGUGUUUGCCGAAAUGGGUCUGGCUGUCAAGGAAGACGGCAUCACUGUCGGCGUGUUUUCGCCAAAAAAGACGCCGCACCUGGUGAACCUGAACGAGGACCCGUUCAUGUCGGAGUGCCUGAUCUACUACAUCAAGGACGGCGUGACGCGGGUGGGCAGCAAGCGGAGCGGCGACGGCGACUCGAACGUGACGCAAGACGUGACGCUGAGCGGGUCGCACAUCAGCAGUCAGCACUGUGUCUUCGAGAACCGUGACAACGUGAUCACGCUGGUGCCCAACCAGGGUGCUCUGUGCUACGUGAACGGCAGGCAGAUCACGCAGCCCACCGUGCUCAAGACGGGGUCACGUGUCAUUCUGGGCAAAAAUCACGUGUUUCGGUUCAACCAUCCCGAACAAGCUCGUGAACACAGGGAGAACAAGAUAAACGCUUCAGAAAACAAGGAGAAACUUGGAGUAUCUGAAGAGUCUGAGAAGACGUCGCCGGCCGAGACGCCCAACAACUGCGAGAGUGUCGAUUGGAAUUUCGCCAAAACCGAGUUGCUCGAGAAACAGGGCAUCGAUCUCAAACAGGAAAUGAAGUCUCGGCUGAACGCCCUCGAGGAGCAGUACAAGAAAGAGAAGGAAACAGCCGAUCAAAUGUUCGAGGAACAGAGAAAGGCCUCUGGCCUCUCACAAAAAAUAAGGAAACGAACCAUUGGACAGGUUUUUGGGACCACCAAGUUCAUGAAAAAAUUACCUUUGAACCCGUUGUUCGAGGCGACGUGCAACUGGGGCGAGAAGGAGUACCAGCUGGCUGCGUGGGGAUGGCGCAAGUGGAAGUACCACCAGUUCACAUCUCUCCGCGACGACCUCUGGGGCAACGCCAUCUUCCUCAAGGAGGCCAAUGCCAUCAGUGUCGAACUCAAGAAGAAGGUGCAAUUCCAGUUCACACUGCUGACGGACACACUCUACUCGCCGCUGCCGGCCGACCUGGCCCUGCCGGCCGAUGGGGAAAGCAGUCUGGAUGUGGACCGGCCUUUCCCGCGCACCAUUGUGGCUGUAGAAGUGCUCGACACCAAGAACGGCGCCACACACUAUUGGUCGCUCGACAAGCUCAGACACCGGCUGGAACUGAUGCGACAAAUCUAUAACGAAGACGUAGAAAGUCCGCAGACGCCGGAGAUAUUAGGGGAAGACUUUUUGCAAUGUCUGUCCAUUUGCUCUAAUAACACCAGCCGAUUCACCUUGGCUAGGCUUAUGCCCUCAAGACAAAGACUGGAGCUGAUGAGAGAGAUGUACCACAACGAGGCUGAGCUGUCACCCACCUCGCCAGACUACAACAUCGAGUCUCUGACAGGUGGUGACCCCUUCUAUGAUCGCUUUCCGUGGUUCCGUAUGGUUGGCAGGUCAUUCAUCUAUCUGAGCAAUCUAAUGUACCCUGUGCGGUUGAUUCACAAAGUGGCCAUAGUCAACGAGAAGGGAGAUGUGAAGGGCUACUUACGAGUGGCCGUACAAGCGGUUGGUGAUGACGAGAAUGGUGGCGAACACAUGAGCGGAGUGCGGCAGUCGGCGAAGAUCCAGUUUGAUGACGAGCACUGGCUGCACAUCAACCAGAGAAAGAAAGCCAAUAAUGCCAAUGCAUUGGAAGGAGACAAGGUGGCUGCUGAGGGACAGUGCAACGGCUUCAACGACAAGGGUCAAGACGUUGAUCAAGACGAUGACUCGGGUCGGGGAGACUCAGAGGAGGGGUCGAAGGAGGAGGGAGGCGGAACAGAGGAGGGUGGAGCAGAGAAGGGAGGGUUGGAGCCGGAGACUCUGCCUUUCCAUUUGGCGGUGGGUCAUGAGUUCACGUUCAGAGUCACUGUGCUGCAGGCUGUUGGAAUAUCCACUGAGUACGCCGACAUAUUCUGCCAGUUCAACUUUUUACACCGACAUGACGAGGCUUUCUCCACUGAACCAGUCAAGAAUACAGGAAAAAAUCCCCUGGGCUUCUACCACGUUCAAAAUAUUACUGUGACAGUGACAAAAUCAUUCAUUGAGUACAUAAAGACGCAGCCGAUUGUGUUUGAGAUUUUCGGCCAUUACCAACAGCAUCCUCUGCACAAAGAUGCCAAGCAGGAGAGUGGACAAUGCGUUCGUCAGCCGCCGCGACGCAUGCUGCCGCCGUCGAUACCGAUCUCGCAGCCGGUGCGCUCGCCCAAGUUCGGCGCUCCCUCCCCCUCGCCCUGCACCUCCACCCACGUGCACGCCAAGUACGACGUCCUUGUCUGGUUCGAGAUUUGCGAACUCGCGCCGAACGGCGAGUACGUGCCGGCUGUGGUUGACCACAGCGAGGAGCUGCCGUGUCGCGGUCUCUUCCUGCUGCACCAGGGCAUCCAGCGGCGCAUCCGCAUCACCAUCGUUCACGAGCAGGCCAGCGAGCUCAGGUGGAAGGAUAUCCGCGAAUUGGUUGUCGGUCGCAUCCGCAACACACCGGAACCGGAAGAGGAGGACAACGACAGUUCGGUGCUGUCACUGGGCCUGUUUCCGGGCGAGAUGGUAGAGAUCCCGGGAGACGAUCGGUGCAUGUUCCGCUUCGAGGCAGCCUGGGACUCCUCCCUGCACAACUCACCCCUCCUCAACCGCGUCUCCUCCUACGGGGAGCACAUCUAUCUCACCAUUUCCGCUUACCUCGAGUUGGAGAACUGCGGCCGGCCGGCGAUCGUGACGAAAGACCUGUCGAUGAUCAUCUACGGCCGUGACGCUCGCACCGGGCCACGCUCGCUGAAGCACCUGUUCUCGGGCGCCUACCGCAACGCCGAGGCCAACCGCCUCAGUGGUGUCUACGAGCUGCUGCUCAAGCGAGCCUCCGAGUCAGGUAGUCCAGGCGUCCAGCGUCGGCAGCGUCGAGUGCUCGACACAAGUUCGACAUACGUUCGCGGCGAGGAGAACCUGCACGGCUGGCGGCCGCGUGGCGACUCACUGAUCUUCGACCACCAGUGGGAGCUGGAGAAGCUGACCCGGCUCGAGGAGGUGGAGCGCAUCAGGCAUAUGCUGCUGUUGAGGGAGAAACUGGGCAUCGAUAAGACGCCCAUCACUAAGUCCGAAAAGGAGGUAUGCAACAUGGUGGCAAAGGCGAGUACAGGGGGCGGUAGUCCCAUUAAGCGUGCCGCCCCGGCAGCCAUCACCCCCACCCCUACUUCACCACCCUCCAACGACGUCUACGAGCCCUGGCAGAUGAGCGACAGAGAGCGCCAACUCACCACCAAGUGCAUCAAACUCAUACAGGGCCGCAUUCCCACUAAGGACGUGCCCAAGCUUGGAGAUGAGUCACCUGGUGAAGAAAUAACCGACAUGAGUUCCAGUAUGACGUCGAGUAUGACGUCCAUGACAGGACAUGACCUGAUCUCACCAGACCGACUGCCGCCGCGAUCGGCACUGAGCGAGGCGGUGAAUGGGGUCGUCGGUGACUCCAGCUGUGUGAGUCAGCUGACGAAUGGCAGUGCAUCAGCUGACGAGGCGCCACUCAUCCUGUACGUGCCCGAAGUGGAGGAGAUUCGCAUCAGUCCCGUCAUCGCGCGCAAGGGCUUCCUCAACAUUCUUGAGCAGAAGACUAACGGCUGGAAGAAGCGAUGGGUG